UAAAACUUCGGGAAAAUCCCUAUUGAAUCAAUAUAACACGAUCCGCAUGAGACGCGUCUGUUACAGUAUACUGUAGUUCUGUACUUGAAGUCACAGUUAUGCUUCUCUCUAGACCUGUUCCGCUGCAUUCAGUUAACAUGUCCAAGCGUCGACCUACAAAUGUCAGAGAUUUUGGUGAGCUUCUUGAGGCAAAUUGUGAUAUUGAUGGUAGCAACGAGUGUCAGUCUUCAGCAACUAAUAAUCCAAAGCAAGGCAACAUGGCGAUAUUUGACACGCGAUUGGUGACUUUCUUGUCUUGGCCAAUACAAUCAAUCAUUUCAGAGACGUCACUGGCGAAAGCCGGGUUCUUUUACACUCAAAAAUCUGACAUGGUUGAAUGUUAUUCCUGUCACGGAAAAAUUAAAGACUGGCAGAUUGGCGAUGACGCGUUUAAGGAACACAAGCGACACUUCCCACGAUGCCCAUUAGUUCAAAAUAUUCAAAUUGAUGAGGACGUGGACGAAGUGGACAGCGCCAGUGUCAGUAGUAAAUUCACCUUCAACCAGAAUAAUCGAAUAUUAAUUAAUUCUCCACUGUUUGCAGCACAACAGAACCAGACGGCAAGAAUCGUCGAUACAAAUAAGACGCUUCAUCAUCGCCAACCACCACAACUUACACGAACUUUGUAUCCACAGUAUUGCGAUGCACCUGCACGGCUUAACACAUUUCGCUUACAAGACUGGGAGGGUCAACAAACGCCGGAAAAUUUAGUGGAGGCUGGUUUCUUUUCAGUAGGGGAGAAAGAUCAGACAAAAUGUUUCUACUGUGGUGGUGGGCUACGUAGCUGGGGGCCAAAUGAUGACCCUUGGAUUGAGCACGCUAAGUGGUUUCCAAAAUGUGAUUGGCUGAUACGCAAGAAAGGCGAAUCCUUCGUACAGAGGGUUCAGAAGGAAUUUGCUCGGAUGCAAAACCCAACCAAUCACUUAAGCGACCAGAAACACCAACACAUGUCACCAAAUAAAAAUCAGCAGGGAACAUCUACAAAAAGACAAUCAGUGAAUAAAAAAAUAACUUUCGAGGAAGCUAUGAAAUCAGAAGCAGUCAAACAAAUUCUAGAAAUGGGUUAUGAUGUCAAAGCAGUUGGUGAGGUUGUCAAGCGCAGACUGACAUCAACUGGUGAUGUCUUCAAAUCAGCUACAGAGUUAAUUGAUUCCGUAAUAAAGGCUACAGAAUCUCCUAGCAGUGUGACAAGCUCUCCCCAACUUAGGCAUAAGUCUUGUGCAGAAUCUAAGUGCCACGAUGAGAACAUUUCUUCUGGGAGUGAUCAAUUGGAUUGCGAUGUUCCAGGAAAAUUACAGAGCAUGAUUCAGGAUCUCCGUGAUAAGACGACGUGUAAAAUAUGUAUGGACGACGACGCCUGCAUAGUCUUUGUUCCUUGCGGUCACCUUGUUACCUGUCUUUCCUGCUCCCCGUCUCUUUCUCUGUGUCCGAUUUGCAGAACUGAAAUCAAAAGUCAUAUUCAAGCUUAUUUCUAAAACUUAACAUGUAUAUCAAAUUGGAAAUGAUGUUCUCCGUUAUAGUAGGCCUAAUAAAUUUCUAUUUGAAAACUAAUACAACAACAAAUUUUUUUUUUAAAUCCUCAAUAAUUCCCUUUACUAUUUUUAGUAUGUAUACGCAAUGUUAUAGUGUUUAUGAUCUUAUUAAUUUAUUGGGUAAUUUAGUUAGUUUAGUUUUCUCACGACUAAAAAAACCAAAAUUUAGAGUUUAUACAGCAUUGUCCUUUCUGUAAUUGGCGAGCUACCUGUGUUAAAUGUAAGUGAAAUAAAAAAAAAAUGUAAAAAAAAAAAUAUGUAGGCCUAAG